GGUUGUACGGAUCGGUGCGUCGGUUGUUUCUACGGCUCAAAUCAGAAAAAAAAGUGGAAAAGUGAAAGAGGGGGGAAAUAUACAGCAUGGAAAUUAAAUUAAAAAUCUGAAAAGUAUCCCUCAGUGCGAAUCAGAAAGCGAUCUGUGAUCGCCAGCCGAGCGGUAAAUUAGCCAAAGGAAGGGAAGCGUGGGAGGGUGACCAUGUCGAGUAGGCGGGCCCAAUCUCUGCCAGCGCACAUGUUGGAGCCAGCGAAGCCGGAACGCGGACGAUGCGUGGCCGCCAUCUGCUUCUCGUGGAAGGUGCUCACCUGCAUUGUGUCCCAUGUGCUGCUGGUGCUCCUCGUCGUUUCCUAUUGCGUGGGCGGUGCCUAUCUGUUCCAGCACCUCGAACGACCCCACGAACUGGAGGUUAAGCGAGGUAUACAAAAUCUACGCUUUAAUCUCACGGACAAUAUCUGGCUACUGUCGGAUGAUGCUUUGGUCCUUCGUGAGAGCGACUGGAUGGCUAAUGUUAGCAAACAUCUGGCCAACUUCGAGAAACAAAUCCUCACGGCCAUCAAGGCAGAUGGUUGGGAUGGCGACGAAGAUCUGCACAAGUCGCAAUGGACCUUUGCUGGAUCACUGUUCUACUCCAUUAUAGUGAUUACGACUAUAGGCUAUGGCCACAUAUCGCCGCGCACGGAUUGGGGCAAGGUGACAACGAUUUUCUACGCCAUCGUGGGCAUUCCGCUGAUGCUCAUCUGCCUGUCCAACAUUGGCGAUGUCAUGGCCACUUCAUUCCGGUUUCUUUACUGGCGAAUUUGUUGCUAUGUGUGCACCCGGACGGCCAAGCGUCCAAGGAAUGCCCGAUCCCGGCAGAGAUCGAUGCGCUCCCAGCGACAAGCCCGCUCGCAGCCGCCACCAUCGUUCCGGCGCUCCAUGAAGAUGACGCAGCGGUCGGGAAAUGACUCCGGACUGGGUCCGUCCAUGGGACAUGCCUACUCCGAUCCGGAACUGCGCACCAUGGGCAGGGGCUACGACGAUCGGGAGUUCGGGCAUCGCAGUAGUGGAGGUGGACGCAACCGACGCCAGCAGCAGCAGCACUCACAUCACGAUCCUCGCCAGCGGCACACUAUUUACGGGGAUGAGUACGAAACGCAGACCCUGAAUCGCUCCAAUCGCUACAGCAGUCGUCAGAGGCAGCGGGACCGGAUGAGGGACAGGCACACGGUGGAGAGGGAGCGCUAUUCCCGCUCCCACUUGGAUGCGGGAUCCAUAGAGGACUUUGACGACAUGCCACCGCCGGCCAAAAGAGCAGCCAGUGUACGUUCCGUGCGAUCGCCUCACCGUCAGGAACCCUCGAAAGCUUCCCGGGAACUGCAUCGCCUUCACUCGGCACCUGGACGGAGUAGGGCCAAGUCAGUGGAUCCCAGGCACGUUUCCUCGCACUACGAAGAUGUGGACGAGGAUGUGGUGAGGAAGACGCCCAUCAUACCGAAUAGGUAUGCAUUAGAUGACUUUGGCGGUGGCGGCGGCAAUAAAAGACAGCCAUCAGCGCCCAGGAGCCAAUCCAUGCCGAGAUCUGCUCACCAGAGGCAACGCCAGAGGGAUCGGGAAAGGGAGCGGUCUCCACAACCGCCACCUCAUAGUGCACAUCGCCAAAACAGCAAUGGCAGAAGAGCUGGCAGCCUGGGCCGCCAAUCCUCUCGUUAUGGCAAUCAUCUGGAGCUGCCCGACUACGAUGCUGCACCGCCUGGACGCCAUGAUCAUCGUCGGGAUGGACGUGGUCACUCGCAGGGACGCUACGAGGAGUAUGUGGAGGAGAGCUUCGAUGAGGGCUCCCUUUACGGGGACAACUACGAGGAUUAUCCCACGGAACGCCAACGCUCCCGAAGUCGUGAGCCCAAGAGAAAUCGCCGCCGAGCUGAGCGUUUGCCUCCAUCACCGAGGAUCAUGUCACCAAUGGGUUUUCCCGUGCAGCGGCAAAUCCGUCGACGUCCCAGCUACGAUUACGAUGAAGACGACUCAAUGUAUGGCGAUGAGUAUGGGGACUAUGGAGACAUGCUGCCCAAGGAUCGCCCUGUGCCCAUUUGGUUGUGCGUCUUUUUGGUGGUUAGCUAUAUUCUCGGUGGAGCUGUCUUAUUUGCCUACUGGGAGAACUGGUCCUUCCUGGACUCCGCCUACUUCUGCUUCAUCACGUUGACCACAAUUGGAUUUGGUGACUUUGUGCCCGCCAAAGGUGUCAAAGAUGAAUCGGAGCAGUCGAUUGCCUAUUGCUCGCUAUAUCUGCUCUUCGGAAUUGCUUUAUUGGCCAUGAGCUUCAAUCUUGUCCAGGAGGAGUUCAUUGCCAACGUCAAAGAGGUGGCCCGUCGGCUGGGCAUUCUCAAAGAUGAUGACGAUGAGCAGGAUGAGGAUUAAUAGUAGAUAGUUAUUGAAAAUCUUAAAGAUCUUUAUGUCAUUAAGUUUUUGGCGAGUAAAAAUGUUUGAGCUUAGAAAUGUGGUUAUUUAAUAAGAGCCAAACCAAAAAGAUUAUGUUCAGAAAAAGAGAUAUAACAUUACUUUAAAAUUAAAGUUAUAAUUUAGAGGCUCGUAAA